CGCCGUGCCGGGAAGAUGGCGGCCGCCGGCAGGGCUGGGAGGGCUGCGGCGCUGCUGUCGCCCUGGUGGCUACGGGCCCCGUGCAGGGCCUACGGGGCUGCGGCCGGAGCGGGCAGCGGCAGCGGCGGGGGAGGCCGCCUGCUGCUGGGCGCUGCCUUCGCGCUGGGCGGCGGUGCCGGCCUCUACCUGGCGGCGCGGCAGCGCCUGCGGGAGCACUCGGCCGCAGAGCUGCCUGCAGGGAGCCUGCAGCUCACUCUCUACCAGUAUAAAACGUGUCCUUUCUGCAGCAAAGUCCGAGCUUUUCUUGAUUAUCAUGGCCUGCCCUAUGAAAUCGUGGAAGUGAACCCGAUAAUGAGGAAAGAGAUCAAAUUCUCUUCCUACAGGAAGGUGCCUAUCCUGCUUGCCAAUGCUGGAAGCCCUCUGCAAUUGAAUGACUCCUCGGUGAUCAUCAGUGCAAUAAAGACCUAUCUCAUUUCCAAAAGGAAUAGCUUAGAGGAGAUCGUGGCCUUUUACCCUCCUAUGAAGACUGUGUCUGAGCAGGGCAAGGAGGUAUUUGAGUAUGGGAAUAAAUACUGGCUCAUGCUGGAUGAGAAGGAGACAAAACGAAUCUAUCCUGUCAAAGAAGUGAGAGUGGAAGAAAUGAAGUGGAGAAAAUGGGCAGAUGAUUGGCUUGUUCACCUCAUCUCCCCCAACGUUUACCGUACCCCCAGAGAAGCAUUGGCAUCUUUCGAUUACAUUGUCCGUGAGGGGAAGUUUGGCACCAUGGAGGGUUUGUUUGCCAAGUACGUGGGGGCUAUUGCCAUGUUCUUCAUUAGCAAGAGGCUGAAGAAAAGACAUCACCUUCAAGAUGAUGUCCGAGAAGACUUGUACGAAGCAGUUAAUGAGUGGGUUAAAGCUGUUGGCAAACACCGACUGUUCAUGGGUGGAAACCAGCCGAACCUUGCUGACUUGGCGGUGUAUGGGGUCCUCAGAGUCAUGGAAGGGCUGGAAGCCUUUGAUGACAUGAUGGUUCACACCAAGAUUCAGCCUUGGUACGAGCGCAUGGAAGAAGCCAUUCAAAAAGCCGCAGUUGCGUUCUGAUGCCAGCUGCAGCUGCCUUCCUGAAGCACUUGCAUGGUAAAAAAAAUACUUCAGAAGGAACACCAUUUAUCUUAAAGGAGCUGAAAGGGCUGAUCACACCUAAGGACUGACACAGAGGCACAGAGACCGUCCCGCUUAGAAUAUCAAGUCGCAGUGAGCAGGAGGGAUCCAGCUGUGUAUACUUGAGCGUGGUAUUUAGGAGGGGAACAGGCAAGAUGAAUGCUGCUGGAAAGGAGAAGCUCUGAAGAAUGCAGCAAAUAGGCUUCCUUUAGGUGAGAGCCAUUCUUGGAGCAAGCUACUGUAAAAGCAAGACUUUGCUAGUGAGUGUUACAGCCACAGCGGAUGUGAUGGGUCUGAGGAGCUUUUGCUUUGGGCUCUCUUCUGCUGCUCACCUGGAAGUGUUUUCCUGACUGAGACACUGGAUACUUAUAUUUAAGUGACAGUUUUUCCUGCAAUAGAAUCUUGUAAGCCCAGUGCUGAGGGAACUGGAGGAAUCCAGGGUGCUGGGAGAGGCAUCCUUCCAGUGACACAGUCACCGCUGCUUCCGCUCUUCCAUGUAAACGGUUCUUUCGGUACUUGAUGCUGUACAGUCUGCAAGGAUAAAGGCUGGCUUUAAUGUGUG